AUGGCUUUUUUCGUUGGCAAAUCCACCCGUCGUUUCUUGUUCUCGGCCUUCUUUUUGGUUCUGCUUCUGGACGUCGCAUAUGGCACCGAUUGCUCUUCCUUCUGCGGGACUUACACGGGGGCGGCUAUGCGCUCGGAUUGCCUCAACAACUGCCAGACGUGUGAGGCGACCGCCAAGCCGUUUCUGUGCAUCGCUUAUUUCAGCGACAAAAGCUCGACGCAUUGGGGGUGCUCGUACAGCUGCUGGCCUCGCAUCCUGCUGUGGCUCGGAAUCGUUCUUGUCGUGGGUCUGGUCGUCCUUGUCGUCUUCUGCUGCCUGCGCCGCAACCGCAAGAUCGCCGAAGCGAAAUACGCCGCCAAUGCCCCACCUGCGGCCGCGGGGGCAACUUACCCGCCGCCCGGAGGCUAUCCUCCCGCAGUCAACGUGUAA